AUGUUCAAGGCCAGUGCUUUGCGACAGGUUCGCCUGUGUCGUAUCGCAGGUCCGAAUGCUGGAUCAGCUCUCGCCGCUUUCAGAACGACACUUCGGUCUACACAGACCUCGUCAGCCUUGAAUCCGACGGCCCCAAUUUCAUAUAAUGGCAUCGGGCGAACCCUGCGCCAGUACUCGCACGCGGCUGCGGAGACCACAUCACCGGCUGCACACUCUCAAGAACCACCUCGGAAGUUGUCCAAGUUCUCCGAGCUUGGCGACCUGGGCGUUCAUGACCAUGUUGUCUCGGCCAUUACUCGGGGCAUGAAGUAUGAGGAUAUGACCGAUGUACAGUCUGCGACUAUUCACGCCGCCUUGGCCGGAAAGGACCUUGUUGCGCAAGCCAAGACCGGUACAGGAAAGACGCUCGCAUUCCUCGUUCCUCUUGUCCAGAAGAUCAUUGUGGACGAUGAGAAGCUCGCCCACCCUCGUCAAGGCCGUGCCCGUUCCGAUGACAUCCGUGCCAUCAUCGUAUCUCCCACCAGAGAACUUGCCGAACAAAUAGGACAAGAGGCCCGUCGUCUCUGCCGUGGAACUGGCGUCAUUGUACAGACGGCUGUCGGUGGCACACUGAAGGCGUCGAUGCUUAGGAAGACGAGGACUGAGGGUUGUCAUCUUCUCGUUGCUACGCCCGGCCGACUUUACGACCUGCUCAAUGAUCCCACAAGCGGCAUUGAUGCACCAAAUCUAACGGCUUUGGUGCUCGACGAGGCUGACCGAAUGCUGGAUGUUGGCUUCGAUGAGGAACUGAGGAACAUUGUUCGACUGCUCCCCGACAGAAACGAAACUCCACGCCAGACUAUGCUGUUCUCCGCCACCAUUCCCAAGGAUGUCGUACAACUUGCUAGGACUUAUGUCGACGCCAACAAUUUCGAGUUUGUGCAGACGAUCAAGGCAGACGACGUGCCUACUCACGAGAAAGUACCCCAGUUCAUCGUCCCUGUCAAAGGCUUCGAGAACGUGUUUCCGACCUUGUUGGAGUUGAUCAACAAGGAGCUUGCUGCAGCGAAGGAGAGCCAUGACGGCCAGCCCUUCAAGGCGAUCGUCUUCUUGCCCACAGCUGCAAUGGUGCGACUUGCCGCUGGCAUUUUUGGCAGGAUACAGCGUAGCGAUCGCAGGAAAUACCCCCCGGCCCUUGAAAUCCAUUCCAGGCUUACCCAGAAAGCGAGGACACAAGCGGCAGACGAUUUCAGAAUCUCUCGCUCAGCCAUUCUGUUUUCGACCGACGUGACUGCACGCGGCAUGGACUUUCCCAAUGUCACCCACGUUAUCCAGUGCUUCAACCCGUCGGAUCGGGAGCAUUACAUUCACCGCAUCGGCCGUACUGGCCGGGCCGGCAAGUCUGGUCAAGCUUGGCUGAUUGUGCCCGAGCUGGAAGUCGAUGAGGCUCGAAAACUGUUGCCGGGCCUCCCCAUCCAGCGUGCUACCGGUUUCGACUCGGCGAAUUAUCACUUGGCUCGUCAAGAUGCUGUCAACCAACCCGAGACUUUUGAGCCAGUCUUUAGUGUGACGCAGCGGCUGCCGGACUUCUUGCUCGAGGAUGCGUACAUCGGCGCUUUCGGACGUAUCGGCCAGGUUAGAGCCCAGGGACUCGUCGAUGCCCUCAACGACUGGGUCCGAUAUGGAUGGGGCUGGGAGCAGCCACCGGCCAUUCCCAGAAAACUCGCUUCGCAACGACACUUGUCUCGAGUUCGAGGGAUUCGUAUCCAGGAUGAUGAGCACAGGCCUCCCCGGCGUGAUGCUCAGUUCAACUCCCGCGAUAACCGUGAUAACCGCAUCUCGAGGGGAUCUCGGAGUGAUGAUCCUUUUAAUGCGGUGGAAGAGAAGUUUCAGGAUCGCCGCCCACGGAGAAGUCAGCGGCCUAGCGCUAGCUUCUAG